AUGGCAGGAACGGGAAUGCGAGCGGGGCCGGGAAUGGGAACGGGAAUGGAGCGGGAAAGGGAAUGGAGCGGGAACGGGACUAAGAAGGGGGCCAAAAACGUGAAUGGGAACGGAGCUGCGGCCGGGAAGGAAGCUGGAACGGGACCAAGAUUGGGCCGAGAACGGGAACUGGGCGGGGGCGGGGGCAGGGCCGGGAAGGAGCUGAAGUGGGAGUGGGAGUGGGAGUGGGAGUGGGAGUGGGAGUGGGAGUGGGAGUGGGAACGGGAACGGGAACGGGAACGGGAACAGGAACGGGCCGCGGCAGCUCCAAGCGUCUCCGCCGGAACCACGAGGCGCCACCGCUUCCGCUUCCGGCAGGGCGCACGCGGGGCAGAGCGGCUCCGGUCGUCCUUGUUAGGGACAGCGUCUCCAAGCGGCCGGGAGGUGAGAGCGCCCAGGGCGCGCUGCCAUGAGGGGGAGCGGGGGCGGAACCUGCCCCGGACCCGCUGA